AUGCAGCGGCGCGUCGUGUCCUGCACUCCCGUCCGCGUAUCGCACAGGUGCAAGCUCGCCUUCCACUUCUCUUUGGCUCUUCGAUCCAUACGACGUGCUGGUAUUUCUACCUUCUACAGCUCUCAGGUUCUGUUCACCCGGUACAAGACCGUGUUUGAGAACCAGUCGCCCUUCAACCGGAAGACAUUUCACCUCCCGGAUGGGCCCGAGCAGGAGGCACGCGACACAGACAUGCGCGCCGCGAUCGUGCGGGGGCUCGAGCGGCUCCGCGAGGGGCGUGCGGUCGGCGCGGGCGAAGUCGGGUGGAGCGCGGGCACCGCGACCCAGCGGGCGGGCGAGCGCAAGAACGCGGAGCAAGUUUCUGGACGAGGCCGCUGA